AUGGGAUUAAAAAAUUUUGGUGAUAGGUUAUCGAAGGGGUUGAAAUUUCUGGAGGUGCCUGUUGAUCAGAGAAGCACUCUGAGUUUUUUGAAAAAUCCAGAUUUACAACCUAUUCCUUCGAGGAAUCAAACAUGGGGAUUUUGGUCUAAUUUUGCAUACUGGGGGGUUAUUUCAUUCUCUGUUGGUACUUGGGUCAGUGCAUCUUCCGCUGCCGAUUAUGGGUUGAGUUAUGCAGCUACGAUUGGUACUUUUAUCGUGGGUGAUGUGCUUACGAUCUGCUUCACUUUAGCUAAUUCGUAUCCUGGUUACGAUUGGAAAGUCGGUUAUACAUUGUCGCAGAGAUUCACUUAUGGUAUUACUGGUUCCUGGUUUGGUAUUUUGAUUCGUGUGCUGAUGAGUAUUGUCAAUUAUGGUUCUAACGCCUGGUUGGGUGGUCUUUGUGUUAAUAUGAUCAUUGAUUCGUGGUCUCAUCACUACUUGAAUUUGGCUAACACUCUGACUCCAAGUGUCUACAUGGAUACCAAAGGUGUCAUCGGGUUCAUGCUAUUCCAUGUGAUCACGUGUUUCUUCUAUCUAAUGAAGCCUUACCACUUGAACUACAUUCUAAUCGGUUCUUGUAUAGCUACCUGCUUCUCUAUGAUGGGUAUGAUCAUCUAUUUGACCCAUAAAGCCGGUGGUGUUGGUGAAUUGUUCGUUUCUUUGGAAUCUGAGGCUACCGGUUCCGAUUAUGCAUGGGCUUGGGUUUACUUGAUCUCUUACUGGUUUGGGUCUGUUUCUCCAGGGUCUGUUAAUCAGAGUGACUAUUCCAGAUUUGGUUCUUCCCAGACUGGUAUUUGGUUGGGUACUAUUUUGGCCUUAUUGAUUCCAACGACUCUGGUUCCAGUUUUCGGUGUCAUCGGUGCCUCUACUUGCCAACAAUUGUACGGUGAGGACUUAUGGACUCCAAUGGACAUCUUUGAUUACUGGUUGAAGGACAACUAUUCCGCUGGUGCCCGUGCUGCUGCUUUCUUCUGCGGUGUCUCCUUCAUGAUGUCCCAGGUUGCUUACACCGCUUCUAACGCUGGUUUCGCUACCGGUAUGGAUUUGGCAGGUUUGUUCCCCAAAUACAUCAAUAUUAAGAGAGGUGCUAUUCUAUGUGCUUGUGUGUCCGUUGCAGUGCAACCAUGGAACUUCUACAACCGUUCUUCAAACACUUUCUUGACGGUCAUGGGUUCGUUCGGUAUCGUGAUGACUCCAAUCAUCGCAGUUAUGAUCUGUGAUAAUUUGGUCAUCAGAAGAAGAAAAUACUCUGUUUCUCAGGCCUUUGUUCAAAAAGGUGAAUACUACUAUUGGAAGGGUGUUAACUGGAGAGCUAUGUUCGCAUGGGUCGCCGGUAUGGCUCCAGGUUUGCCAGGUAUCGCUUGGGAAGUUAACAAUGACUACUUCCAUAACAAAGGUAUUAUCAAUUUCUACUAUGGUGAUUCUUUCUUCUCCUUUAUCAUCUCUUUCUUCCUAUAUUGGAUUCUAUGUCUCAUCUUCCCAUACAAGAUUACGAUCAAGCAGGAUGACAAGGAUUACUACGGAUGUUUCACCGACGAGGUUGCUAGAAAGAAAGGUUUGGUUCCACAUAGCGAAAUUUCACCAGAAGAGAUUGCUAUUCAUGAAUUGACCAACAAGAUCUAUAUCAACGAAAGCGAAGCUGAGACUGCUACUAGCAUUGAAGUCAACAAAGAAAACAAUGAAAUGAAGAACAGAAAAGAAGGCCAGACUUCUAAAUCUCCUUCUGAAUAUGACGGCAAUUCUGUAAGCGAAGAAAACAACGCUUAG